AUGACGACCCUGGAGACGUAUUUUUCCCUGACAUCUUUGCUAUUAUUGUUUGUUUUUGCUGGUAGAGUUCAAUCUGCCGUAUUUGAUGUGAAAAAUUAUGGUGGUAAAGCCGAUGGCAAGUCAGAUAUUAGCAAGGCAUUAUUGGGCGCGUGGAAAGAGGCUUGUUCAGCAAAGGGUUCCAACAUAGUUGUAGUACCCAAAGGAACAUAUUCCAUAGGUUUAACUGACUUAAAUGGUCCAUGCAAGGGAGCCAUGGAGCUUCAAGUCCAAGGAACCUUAUUGGCACCGAUAAACCCUAGCAGUUAUGCCAAGGACAGCUGGAUUACUUUUGCAUACAUUGAUCAAUUCAAAUUAUCCGGUGGUGGAACCUUCGACGGACAAGGGCAAGUGGCUUGGAAGCAAAAUAACUGCGGUCGAAAUCCAAAAUGCAAGAGACUUCCAGUUAGCUUGCGGUUUGACUUCAUCACCAACAGCGUAGUUCAGGACGUAACAUCGCUCGAUAGUAAGAAUUUCCAUGUCAAUCUUAUAGGUGGCAAAAACCUUACUUUCGAUCGCUUCACGAUCACUGCACCAGGAGAUAGCGACAAUACAGAUGGAAUUCACAUCGGGCAUUCAAACGGGAUCAACAUUAUUAAUUCAAAUAUUGCCACCGGCGAUGACUGCAUCUCCAUUGGUGGUGCCAGCGAACAAAUAAGGAUCACAAACGUACGAUGUGGACAUGGACAUGGCAUUAGCGUGGGAAGUUUAGGGAAGACCACUGAUGAAUUUGUCUCUGGAAUUUUCGUAAGGAACUGCACCUUCUAUGACACCGACAAUGGAGUGAGAAUUAAGACAUGGCCGGCAUUACAUGGUGGCAUGGCCUCUGAUAUGCAUUUCGAGGAUAUUAUGAUGAAAAAUGUCCGCAACCCUAUCAUUAUAGAUCAAAUGUACUGCCCAUGGAAUCAGUGCAAUCCAAACCUUCCGUCAAAAGUUAAGAUCUCCAACGUCACCUUCAAGAAUAUUAGGGGCUCUUCAGCGACCGCAGUAGCUGUUCGACUUAAUUGCAGCAGCAGUUUUCCAUGCCAGAAGGUCGAGCUCGCUGACAUUAACUUGACGUACGGAGGAAAGGAAGGCCCUGUAAAAUCCUUGUGUGCAAAUGUUAAACCCACACUUAAGGGAAAAUUGACUCCAACCAUUUGCUAG